GGAGUCGUCACUGCCUGCCUGGUCCUUCUUUUUUUUCUUCCUUCCUUCCUUCCUUCCUCCAUCUCUCCUCGACGGAGCUCCGUCCUCCCUCCUGUCAUCCUGGAAGCGACGGUGUAAUUAGCGAAGCUCUGUGGGAGAGGAACCGCUCUGUAGGAUCCGAUCGCUGACUCUCACUCGGUGCUGGAAAACAAGUGGAAGGGAACAGUCGCUCUGGGGAAUCCUCCAAGAGGAAAGUGCACUCUUUGAUUCCCUUUCCUGGACUCUUUCGCCGAGGUGAUUUUCUCAUUCCCACCUGGACACAUUUUUAUUGUGUUAUUAUUUUUUUACAGAACACUGUGAGGAGGAUUUGUAAAGAGCUUUAGGUUCUAAACAGGUGGAAUCUGAGGGUUUUAAGCCCCCGCACACACUGCAUGUUGAGGGAGCUCAGCUCAGCAGGAGCAUCAAAGACUGGGACACCGACAAAUUCCACACAUUUUCCUAGGCGGUGGAUCAGGUGCAAAGUGCACACGUGUUUCUUCAAUCUGGAACAGAAGUAGCCGGACCACAUGUGAGUUUAACGAGCAGCCUCGCUGACUAAGUGGCAGAAUUUCCAAACUCGGCGUGAGCGGGAGGGGGGCGUGCGGUCGCCGGGCGGGCCGGGAGACGAUGCCGGCCAUCCUGGUGGCCUCAAAGAUGAAAUCGGGACUCCCCAAACCCAAACCGGUGCACAGCGCCCUGCCCAUCCCCCAGAACCACAGCCGGCCCUCGGCUCUGGCUCUGCCUGCGGCGCCCCUCAAGAUCCACCACAUCCCCUCGCCGGGCCAGCAGAUGGACGCAGGACCCCCGAGGAGCUUCGCACCGGGGUCAGAGGAUAGAGAAGACUCUCAGAUCUACAUGGACUGGGCCAACCACUACCUCGCCAAGUCAGGACACAAGCGUCUGAUCAAGGACCUGCAAACGGACGUCGCAGACGGGGUGCUGCUGGCGGAGAUCAUCCAGGUCGUAGCCAACGAGAAGAUCGGCGACAUCAAUGGCUGUCCCAAGAGCCGUUCUCAGAUGAUUGAGAACAUCGACGCCUGCCUCAGUUUCCUGGCAGCCAAAGGAGUCAACAUCCAGGGACUGUCUUCAGAGGAGAUCCGUAAUGGCAAUCUGAAAGCCAUCCUCGGCCUCUUCUUCAGCUUGUCCCGCUACAAGCAGCAGCAGCAGCACGCCCAGCGGCAGAACGCCCAGCCGCCUCUCCCAGCCAGGGCCCAGCCGCAGGGCGCGCACCUUCCCCUGAGCCAGCAGAGCAGCGCCCCGGCCCAGCUCGGCCUCUCUACGCAUGGGACUCCCACCCUCACAGCCCAGAAAGCAGCACAGGCCGAGAUGCAGUCCAGGGAUGGCUCUCAGAGUAAACUGCUCAAGUUUUCCCUUGGUCAGAAAAAGACCUCUAGACUUCCCGGCCCCUCGGCGAGGGUGUCCACUGCCGGCGGUGACAUCCCUCCGAGAGGCUCGGUCAGCGCCGCCGGGAACCGACGCAGCCAGGGCUUCGGCGACAAGACCAAAGCCACCUCCUCGCACCUGAACAAAGAUUCCUCAGAGGGCAUGACCUCGCAGCCUUUGGUGAUGACUGAGCAUGCUCCGUCGUCUGCGGUGACCGUCGGCUCCUCCACCAGCAUCCCCGCCGCGACCUCCGGCCAGAUCCCUCCCCCAUCUUCGUUGUCCUCGCCCUCCUCCUCCCCAUCCUCCUCCACGGCCAUUCCCCAGCCCAGCAGCAGCAGCAGCAGCAAGCCCUGGAGGAGCAAGUCGGUGAGCUCCAAGCACAUCUCCCCCUCGCCCUCCUCCACCAGCAGCAGCUCCGCGUCUGCCAUGCAGUCCGUCAAGCAGGAGAAGGACACCUCCUGUAAGGCGGAGGCUCCCCCGAAGGUCGUCGCUCCGAAGUCGAUGCUGGAGAAGCUUAAGCUCUUCAACAGCAAAGGAAGCUCCAAAUCGUCCACCUCCUCCAGUGGAGCAGCGGCCCAGAGCGACAGCGCCGCCCUGGCCAGGCAACUCGAGGCGGCGAAAGCGGAGAGAGCCGAGACCGGAUCCAACACCGAGCCCCUGGAGGAAGACGACGGCAACGUCCGGCCGGGGAUGAGCGGGACCGGCAACGGGGCGGCCCACGGAGCAGCGCCCCCUGCUGGUACGACCGUCCCCACAACCGCCAGCAGCCCCAAAAUUGCCCUGAGGGGCAUUGCCCAGCGCACUUUCAGCAGAGCUCUGACUGCCAAGAAGGGCUCUAUCAAAAGCACAGAGAAAGACAAGGACAAGGAGAAGGAGAAGGAGAAAGGGAAGGAGGCGGGGAAAUGCAUCUCGGUCCCCGAACGGACAGGGGAAGACACUCUUGACCAGCGCCAGAAAGCCACACAACUCUCCUAUUUCAGCCCGUGUGACGGUUGGAAACGGACACCUUUUGCUUUGGAGAUUUCUUUUUUUUAUCAACGGGGAUCGACACUCACCUGGACUCGUUUAUUUUCGCUUCGCACUAACAGCGCUACCAUGUUUGAGGCAGAAAGCUACAUGACUGACGGAGGUUUGGGUCUGUACACGCGGCGCCUGAACCGCCUGCCCGACAGCAUGGCCGCCGUGCGAGAGACGCUCCACCGCAACACGUCGUCCGGACAGGGAGAUGCUGACAGCUGGGAUGACAGCAGCUCCGUGAGCAGUGGCAUCAGCGACAACAUCGACACAGAUGACAUCAACACCAGCUCCUCCAUCUCGUCCUACGCCAACACGCCCGCUGCCAAGCGCAAGGGCCUCAACGCGCAGCCUGUGACCGAUGCAGAGAAGCACUCGGCCUCCACAGUGGUGCACCAGGCCUGGUCAGGAGACGAGGUGAAAAGGCCAGACGGCGGGUCGAACAGCAGGGCCAAGAUGGAGUCGGGCUCCAAGUAUAGCCGCCGGAACCCCUCCGACGUCUCUGACGAGUCCGACAAGGGCAGCUCGGGGAGGAAGACCCCCUCCGUGUCCCACACGGGCUCCUGGAGGAGGGGCAUGAGCACUCAGGUGGGGGUGACCUGCCCCCGGACUAAAAGCACCAGUAGCGCCGGCUCCACGAGCUCCAGUGGCCUCAGGACCCACAGUUCAGGAAAGACGGACGACGUCAAGGUGUCAGAGAAGGGUCAUCUCUCUCCUCGCGCCAACGGCCUUCACCGCUCGCCCUCCGACGUGGGACGCAGCAGCGGCGACGAGGCGAAGAAACCGGCGAUCCCCGCCGGCCGCACAUCGACGACGAGCGUCCUCACGCACGCCGUUUCAGACCCCCACUCCCAGACGCACACGCUCGCCUCGCACAGCUCGCACACCUCGCGCACCCCGACCAGCACCUUCGGCUUUAAGAAGCAGGGCCACGGGAUGGUCACCAUGGUUACUGCCAGCGGCGCCACCAUCACUAGUGGCUCCGCCACCCUGGGCAAGAUGCCCAAAUCUGGGGCGCACGCGCUCGCGGGAGGGUCCAAGGCCGGCGGGCAGGACGGCGCCUCGAUGCUGGGUCACCACGACGACGGCUUCCUCCCCAUGAGCGCCCGCUCCACGCUGCAGUACCGCAGCCUGCCGAGGCCCAGCCGCUCGGGGGCGGCCGCCCGCAGCGGAAACCGCUCCUCCACCAGCAGCAUCGAGGCCGCCGUGCUCUCCGUCACGACGCACGGGAAAAGCUCAAUCGGCGUGACCAAGGCCGGCGGCGCGGGGGGGCUGCUGGCCAAUCAGACGGACCGGGAGAAGGGCGUGUCCGAGAUCGACAACCUCAGGAGCGGAGGAGUCGGGAUGCAGAGUGCAGGAGCGCCGACCGUUCCCCUGACUGGAAGACAACAGGUUUCUUCACCCACACUGCGCAGACUGUUUGGUGGGAAGCCGUGUAAACAGGCUCCGGUCACCACGACUGAGAACAUGAAGAACUCCACUGUUAUCUUCAACCCCCACGCCACCAUGAACCACGUGGGCACGGUGCCGGAGUCGCCCGACGGAGGGCCGGCCGGCGUGGACAGCGAGACCAGCAGCCCCCUGUUCGGUGGCAGAGUGCAGGGCCUCGGGAUGGGCACGCUGGGCAGCGAGCAGGCCUCCAGUCCCGGCUCGGUCUACUCCUCCACCGGCCCCUCCAACAGCCUGACGUGGGGCACCACCUUCAGCAGCUCCUCGGCCCAGAGCAGGGAGAGCACGCUGGGCGGGCACGGCGGAGCGGGCAGCAUGGGGUACCCCUCCGUCAGCAGCAUGCACACCAGCAGCGAGUCCAUCGACAUGAGCCUGGGCAGCGCCGCCCACAGGGAGGACACCCUGUCCGCUCUGGGACGCGCCGGCAGCGCCAAGACCGGCAUGUCUGAGAGUCCCCUCUCCUCCCCGUCUGCUAGCCCUUUAUUCAGCCGAAACACGCUGCCUCGGAAGCAGGACAGCGGGCCACACUGUGGUAGAAACACUCUGCCUAAGAAAGGACUCAGGUAUGGCCCGUCCCCACAGCUGCGAAGCCACGAGGAGUCCCGUGAUUGGCUGCGCUCCCACUCCACCAGCGGGCUGCAGGAAUCAGUCAGUAACUCCCCGUUCUCCCCCAGCUCCAGCCUCACCUCCCCCUCCGGCACCCGCUUCAACUUCGGACAGCUCGCAUCCAGCCCCACCUCUGCAGCUCAGAUCAACCUCACCGGUCUUCGCAACAACAGCCUGACCAAUCAGGAAGUCUCCUUUGACCCUUGCACCGACAACCGACUGAGAAACUCCUGCAUGUCGCUUGACGAGAAGACUCGCACCAUGAGCAGAUCGGGCUCCUUCAGAGACGGCUUUGAGGAAGACCGGGGGCACGCCACGGAAAUGCUGACGCGCUUUCACGCCGGCCUUGCAGCGCUGAUGGCUGCAACUACUGGAUUCUACUGGGGCCAACAUAGGCGGGAUGUGGAGGACUGCUGCCGCCGCUGCGACAGCUGCACAGCGAAGAAAGGCCCUGCAGACAGAUCUCAUGCCCAGCUCCAGCAGUUUCCGGCUGGGUGUCCCAUGGAGAGGGUGGGGAUUGAUGUUCUUGGACCGUUUCCUCACUCAGAGAGGGGCAACCGUUACAUCCUCACUGCCAUGGACUAUUUUACGAAGUGGCCCGAAGCGUACUGCAUGCCGAACCAGGAGGCGGAGACGAUUGUGGAUGCUCUGGUGGGGGGAAUAUUCAGCAGAUUUGGGGCCCCUGAAGUCAUCCACACAGAUCAGGGCAGAAACUUUGAGUCCCGUGUAUUCGCCGCCAUGUGUGACAAACUGGGAUCCCACAAGACCCGCACUACACCCCUCCAUCCACAGAGCGAUGGGCUGGUCGAGAGAUUCAACCGCACGCUGGCACAACAGCUGGCCAUAGUGGCAGCUAAACAUCAGCGUGACUGGGACGACCACGUGCCUCUGGUGCUGAUGGCUUACAGGUCUGCGGUGCAGGACUCCACUUCCUGCUCUCCUGCCCUUCUCAUGCUCGGUCCCGGACUCGACUAUGCUCGGAAACUCCAGGACCGCUUGGAGUCGGCCCACGAGUUUGCCAGGAACCAGAUGCGCAGUGCGGGCGAAAGGCAAAAGAGGAACUACGAUGUGCACGUCAGACGACGACAUUUUGAAGUCGGAGAGCUGGUCUGGGUGUAUAGCCCUCAGAGGAAGAAGGGCAGCGCCGACGGCAGCCUCAGAGGAACCGCAGGCCCCCUGACCACCUGA